CGUCACAGCUCGGAGAACAAGUGGAUCAUUGACUCGGACUCAGUGACUCACCUCGGGUUUCUCCCAUCUCGGUGCUGACUCACCACAGCGCCAUGGCCUCCGUCCAUGCCAUUGCCGCCCAAAGCCUCCUUCCUCUCCCCAGGCCCCGCGUCAGGCCUGUACACAAUGCCACUUUCCACAGCUGCAGGCUCCCCCAAGCCCAUCAUUUCACCAGAACCAGGCGGCGGGUUGGCGAUUUGGCCUCGGUGGCCGCCACCAACCCCGUCGCGGACGAGCUCGACGUGAUUCGUGUACAGAGCGGGGACGCCACGGACCAGCAGGAAGGCGUGGCGGUGAGCCUUGAGAGGGAAGGGGAGGGCGCCGAGCUUGUGAGUCAGGUGGGGGGUUUCGCGACGAGUGAAGGCCAGUUCUCCAUCGAUGGGUUCUCUUCUGCGGCCAGUGCUUCCACUUCUUCUUUGGUCGAGGGCAGUGCUUCCACUUCUUCUUUGGAGAGGGCGAUUGACAGGACCUUGAAUGCGACGAUCGUGCUGGCGGCGGGUAGUUUCGCGAUAACCAAAUUGCUCACCAUUGACCAUGAUUACUGGCAUGGAUGGACUAUAUAUGAGAUACUAAGAUAUGCCCCUCGGCACAACUGGGAAGCCUAUGAGGAAGCUCUCAAGACAAAUCCCGUUUUUGCCAAAAUGACUAUCAGUGGUGUGGUCUACUCCCUAGGGGACUGGAUCGCGCAGUGCUAUGAAGGAAAGCCACUGUUUGAGUUUGACCGAGCUCGGAUGUUCAGAUCGGGCCUAGUUGGCUUUACACUCCACGGCUCCCUUUCUCACUUUUAUUACCAGUUCUGUGAGGAGCUUUUCCCUUUCAAAGAUUGGUGGGUUGUCCCUGCCAAAGUUGUAUUUGACCAAACUGCAUGGUCAGCAGUUUGGAACAGCAUAUACUAUACAGUGUUGGGAUUUCUACGUUUUGAGUCCCCAGUUAGUAUAUUUAAGGAACUGGCUGCAACAUUCUGGCCUAUGCUCACAGCAGGGUGGAAACUUUGGCCAUUUGCUCAUCUUAUUACCUAUGGGGUGAUCCCAGUGGAACAAAGGCUUCUUUGGGUGGACUGUGUUGAGCUUAUAUGGGUGACAAUACUCUCGACUUAUUCAAAUGAGAAGUCAGAAACAAGGAUCUCCGAGGCCACAGCUGAUGCCAGUUCCAAUGCCCUGCCAGUAAAUCCUCUUGAGGAGCAGGACAAUCUUCAAUGAUGAAAAGUGAGAGGGACUUAAGGAAUCGCUCUAUUUUCCGGUAAGUGGCGGGUGCAAAUCAUCUUCCAGAUUGCCUUUCAACUAAAGCACAGGGUUGGGGUAUAUAUGUGUCGUAAUAAGUAUAGUAUAGCCGCACUCUUUCUAGUUUCUACAUCCUUUGAUUCUGUACCUUCGAAUGUAUAAAGAAGCAGAUAUGGCAUUUUUGCCGGAAAACCCCAAAGAAUGUACAAUUGUUUACAUGUCCAAGUAUGUGCAACGGGAGGUUAAGAUGUGAUCGAAUACCGGCAAACACGAUAUCGUUUACUA